AGCGGUCGGUCGCUGGUUUUGUUCUCCACCAAGGGCUCAGAAUUCACCGGUAAACGGGGACGCUCUCUCUGGAAUACUCGCAGACACAGGUACACGGAGCCGUGGACAAGGAGAAACAAGGGCCCGUCAUGUCCCAGUCCCAGCGGUUUUUGGUCACCGCUGUUCAUAGCCGGAUAGACGAGCGUGAAACUGAUGGGAUGCAGAACAAGGACAGUAACGGCACCAGUGCCACGCAGGAGGAGAGCUCCGUGCCCAUACUGGAGUACCUCCGGGAACCCAAUAGAUACGGAGAUGGCGUUCCUAAAGAAAGCAGCCCUUUUAUCAACAGCACAGAUAUUGACAAAGGAAUCCUAUAUGAAGGGAAAAACUUGGCACUUUUUGAGGAGGAAAUGGAUAGGAAUCCAAUGGUCUCCUCCCUGCUUAACAGACUGGCGAACUAUACCAAUCUCACUCAGGGAGUCAGAGAACACGAGGAGGCAGAAAACAGUGAAGAGCAGAAAAAGAAGGAAGUUAAGGCUCCUCGAAUGGGUACUUUUAUAGGUGUCUAUCUGCCAUGUCUACAGAACAUUCUGGGAGUUAUCUUGUUCCUGCGCUUGACGUGGAUUGUGGGUACAGCAGGAAUCUUUGGAUCUUUCUGGAUUGUCUUCAUGUGUUGUGCUUGUACCUUGCUAACCGCAAUAUCGAUGAGUGCCAUAGCAACAAAUGGUGUGGUGCCAGCUGGAGGAUCCUACUACAUGAUUUCAAGGUCCCUGGGUCCAGAGUUUGGAGGGGCUGUGGGUCUGUGCUUUUAUCUGGGAACAACAUUUGCUGGGGCCAUGUACAUCCUGGGAACAAUUGAGAUUCUGCUGACCUACAUUGUUCCAAGUGCAGCUAUAUUCAAAGCAGAAGAUCCCAACCAAGAAACCCAGGCCAUGCUGAAUAACAUGAGGGUGUAUGGCACGUGUACAAUCGCAUUGAUGGCCACAGUGGUAUUUGUAGGAGUCAAGUACGUCAACAAACUGGCUCUUGUUUUCCUGGCCUGCGUCAUCCUUUCCAUCUUCUCUAUCUAUGCAGGGGUCAUCAAAAGUGGCUUCAGUCCACCAGACUUUCCCCUCUGCCUGCUUGGAAACAGAACAUUAGCCUGGAAAGACUUUGACAAGUGUGCAAAGGUUGUAACUGAAGGUAACCAGACAGUGACGUCUCAACUCUGGCAGUUCUUCUGUGACGGGUCCUCUCUCAAUGCAACUUGUAAUGAAUACUUUAAACUCAACAAUGUCACAAAGGUUCAAGGGAUACCUGGGAUUGCUAGCAAAGUAAUAUUUGACAAUAUCUGGAGUAAUUAUGGACCCCAAGGAGAAAUGUUGGAAAAGCCAGGACUGCCAUCUACACCUGCCUCAGAAGAUGAAACGAACGUGGGACUGCCAUAUGUGUUCAGUGACAUAGCGACCUACUUCACCAUGCUGGUUGGCAUCUAUUUCCCCUCUGUGACAGGUAUCAUGGCAGGUUCAAAUAGGUCUGGAGACCUAAAAGAUGCCCAGAAAUCCAUCCCUACUGGAACAUUACUAGCAAUUAUUACAACCUCUUUCAUUUACUUGUCGUGCAUUAUCUUGUUUGGUGCUUGCAUUGAAGGUGUCCUCUUGAGGGACAAGUUUGGUGAGUCGGUAAAUGGCAAUCUUGUCAUUGGGAUUCUGGCUUGGCCUUCUCCCUGGGUUAUUGUGAUCGGUUCUUUCUUCUCAACAUGUGGUGCCGGUCUCCAGAGUCUCACCGGGGCUCCUCGGUUAAUGCAGGCAAUUGCCCGGGAUGGGAUAGUCCCUUUCCUACAGGUCUUUGGCCAUGGGAAAGCAAAUGGUGAACCAACAUGGGCCCUCCUUCUCACUGCUGGCAUUUGUGAGAUUGGGAUUUUGAUUGCUUCCCUCGAUAGUGUGGCUCCCAUUCUUUCCAUGUUCUUCUUGAUGUGCUACAUGUUUGUGAACCUGGCAUGUGCUCUACAGACACUCUUGAGGACACCCAAUUGGAGGCCACGAUUCAAGUAUUAUCACUGGACCUUGUCUUUCCUGGGUAUGAGUUUGUGUCUUGCCUUGAUGUUCAUCUGUUCUUGGUAUUAUGCACUGGUCGCCAUGUUGAUAGCAGGAUGCAUCUACAAGUACAUUGAAUAUCGAGGAGCUGAGAAGGAAUGGGGUGAUGGGAUCAGGGGCCUGUCUCUAAAUGCAGCUCGAUAUGCUUUGCUCCGAUUGGAAGAUGGUCCAACUCACACAAAGAACUGGAGACCCCAACUGUUGAUUUUGCUCAACCUCGACCCAGAACAGAAUGUAAAGCACCCUCGACUGCUGUCACUCACCACACAACUCAAAGCUGGCAAGGGAUUGACCAUUGUUGGCUCAGUGCUGGAAGGUACAUUCCUGGAGAGGCACUCAGAGGUGCAGAAUGCCGAGCAGAAUGUUAAGGCUUUGAUGGGAGUGGAGAAGACCAAAGGUUUCUGCCAUGUGGUGGUAUCUUCCAACCGGCGAGAUGGAGUAUCCCACUUGAUCCAGUCCUCUGGACUGGGAGGAAUGAAACACAACACUGUAUUGGUGGCAUGGCCGGAAUUAUGGAGGCAAACAGAUGGCCCAGGAGGCUGGAAAGGCUUUGUUGACAUGGUGCGUGAAACAACAGCUGCUCACCAAGCACUGCUGGUGACCAAGAACAUAGAUAAGUUUCCGACAAAUCAGGAGCGUUUUGCUGGAGGCACCAUCGACGUUUGGUGGAUUGUACAUGAUGGGGGAUUGCUUAUGUUGCUGCCAUUCCUCCUCAGCCAACACAAGGUUUGGAGGAAGUGCAAGAUGCGCAUCUUCACCGUAGCCCAGAUUGACGACAAUAGCAUCCAGAUGAAGAAGGACCUGCAACUGUUCCUCUACCAGCUCCGGCUUGAUGCUGAGGUAGAGGUGGUGGAAAUGCUCGACAAUGAUAUUUCAGCCUUCACCUAUGAGCGGACCCUGGUGAUGGAGCAGAGAUCCGAGAUGCUGAAACAAAUGCAGCUCUCUAGGAAUGAGAGGGAACGAGAGAUUCAGAGCAUUACUGACGAGUCGCGCGGUGCUACAAUAAGGAAGAAUUCCGCUCGUCCGUCUUUGGAAUUCCAGCCCAUGGAUCUUGAUGAUGUUCCUAAAGAAGAGGCCCAGCUGAUACAUGACAAGAAUGCAGCUGCUCACUCCUCUGGGACUGACAGGCUUACAGUUCCUCCUGAAAGAGUGCACAUGACCUGGACUAAAGAGAAAAUCAUAGCUGAAAAGAACAAAAGUAAAGAGUCCGUAUCACCAGAAGGUGUGAGGGAUAUUUUUAACAUGAAACCAGAAUGGGGAAAUCUGAAUCAGUCCAAUGUCAGGCGGAUGCAUACUGCAGUAAGACUCAAUGAGGUUGUUGUUAACAAAUCCCAGGAUGCCAGACUUGUGUUACUGAAUAUGCCCGGUCCCCCUAGAAACAGACAAGGGGAUGAAAACUAUAUGGAGUUCUUGGAGGUGCUGACUGAGGGCUUGAACCGAGUGCUGAUGGUGCGAGGUGGUGGCAGUGAAGUGAUCACCAUUUACUCCUAGACCUACAACCCAACAGCUUGGCUUGAAGCAUAUUUACCGAUUGGUGCCAACAAAUUUCAUCAGUGACAUGGGGGACAGGGAGCUUUUGUAUUUCAUCUGCUGCUGGUAUUUUUGGUAAUGACAGAAGACAAGAGCAUCCUGACAGUGAAGAGACUCCACGGGUGUUCUUUCCCAUGACUCCAGAUGACUGGAGUCGUUGCUGCACUUUCCUUAAUGAAAGCAAAAAACUUGCACUUCAAAGCUUGUUUUAUGUUUUCAUUUCACUCUCUGAACAGUUCUUUAUAAACUCUGUAGUCUAAAUGUGUACCACUGUCAAUAGUGCUGGUAUGUUAAAUGGUACAAGUAGAGAACGGUUAUACCUCUGCUUUCUGCAGAUAUAGACUGGUCAAAACAGAAUGGUACAAAAAAGAUGGACUAUUUUGGGGGGGAGAAAUUAUUCAUUCUGCCUGUGUUUUGAUUUUGUUAUAUAAAUGAGUGUGCAAUCCUUAUUGUGUUUUCUCAAGUCACCCUUAGUUUUGCUGGACGAGCAGACUUGCUGUGCAGGCAGCCUCUAUCCAGGCACUUGCCAGUAUUGACCACCGGGAGGCCCUCCUGCUCUUUUUAUUCCAAGUAGCUUUGGACAUGUCACCUUCAUUCGGAAGUGGUUCGAUUAAAAAAAAUGGGGAGAAAUGAGAGGUCUAUCUAACCUUUAGCGAGUCCACCAUGCUGCUUGUGGGCACUCCCUAUGAUCUUGUGACACAUCGCUCUCAUUUCUUUGAAAGUUUCUCUAAUUUGUUGCAGUAGGAUAGGCUUAAUUUCUCCCUAUUUCCACAAAUAUGCACAUCGUGUUGCAGAUUAAGUGAAUUUUAAUUUUAGGAAUGUAUUAUUUAAUAUUUUGUCAGAUACAUUUUCUACAAAUGGAAAAACCAGCACUAAAAGAAAGAAUUUGUGUAUCUAACUAAAUGCAUUUAGAGUGCUGUUUCUUAAUCAAGAUUAUAAUUUAUUACUUUGUGACCAUAGGGAGAAAUGCAUUGAGUAUUUACCCACUGUUUGUCCCCACCCUAGAGUGGAUGCAGGCAGAUAUCUCUUACUUAAGCAGUUCUCAUUUAGUGUGUGCAAUCAUACUUCCAGGGCUUUUCUUCAUUUUACAACUAAAGUUUUAUGAACAACUGAGUAUUAAAUUAACAUAAUCUGCAAAAUUCCCCACAGAAUUCUCAUUAACAAACAUUAAGAAAUGUGCUGCCUUCUGUUUCUACAUUCUAGGCCCACACAGUCAUUUGUGUGAUUUUUGUACACGGCCAUACCAAUUCGGACAGUCUAUCCCAGUGACCAUAUUCACUUGCAGAAAUUACCAACUGGAGGCAGUGGGUUUUACUGCAGAGGUUUCUGGACCUAUUGGAUCAAUUUGUAUUGCUCACUGUAAACCAACCAUUGGUUCCUCCUGAAGCCCAGUGCUGUCCUAUUGCAUUUGAAGAUCAUUAAACAUUUUGUUAAGAUGCUGAGGAAAGAUUUUUCAAAGCCUGUUUUGCGGAUUGAAGCAAAACAGAUACAGACACCCUCAGUAAUUUCCCACACCCUAGUCUUCCUUGUCUGAUGUGGUCUGCUUCUCAAUAUGCACCUGCUCCAUUGUCAGCAGUCAAAGCCUGGCUGUUGCUGUCAGCUCAGACCACCGCUUACCUGUACCAAUCUAGACUUGGCUGUCUCAGUGAGGUUUACCAGAGUUUGUAUAGGCUUGGCUUCCCCCCCACCCCCACCUACUCUCACCAGGGCCCAAUUACACUGCUGCCGCCUUUUGUACUAUCUCAGAGCUAAUUCUCUCUUCCCCUGGCCUCUUGUACUGCCACACUCCAGUGCAAGCAGCUGCCCAGCUGACGCUAGUUCAGUCUCUCUUUGGAGAUGAGAUUUUCUCCCUCAUAUCUGCGCCGUAUUCCAUUAUGGCGGUGUCUAAUCUUGGAGCACUUUGCACUUCCCUGUGUUUGGUUACAGAUCUGAAUGUGGUUGGACUUCUACUGCAACCCUGAACAGAAUUCUGCAACCUGCUAUGUAAACUAAACUGUAAUAUUUUCAUUGUUUCUGUUAUUGCAAUUUUUGUUUUUUGAAAUGAAUUAAUAUCAGAGCUGCAGGGUUAAUUGUAAUGACUUGUUCAUGUAAGCCAUCACCGUAUGGAUUAGAUAUGAAACCCGAUGUUUCAAAGAUGGCCUGGCUAAAACAUCUGAAGACUCACUGCAGUCAGUCUCUGACUUGCCCACCAUACCUGCAGAACCACCACCAUCCUUGUGGUAAACUGCAUGGGUCAGAAACUGAAAUGUAUCUGUGGUUGCAUUGUGUGCCAUUUUGCCUUUUGUGGAUAUGGGUUCCAUGAGUUAAAAAUCAUGGAAACAUGCUAUGAAUUUUUAUUCAAAAUGUGUAAAACUUGCAUUCUGAUUGCUCCUCACUCUUGGUUGUGGGCUUUUUUCAGCUAUGGUGAAACAAAUCCCAUUAUGUGGGAUGUGGAAAAUAGAAUUUCACCAGCAAUGCUCCACCUUAUUAAGAGAUCAGUGUGGUAGUUCCAAUAAUUUAAGUGUCAAUUUCUAACUUGUAGACACGCUGCUCAAACAGUUACCAUGAGGAAUGAACCCAAGUUAGAAUUAGUCAAUUGAAGAUGUAGAAUAGAUACAGAUUUGUCUUGCUCAUUUCGAAUAUUUUCAUUGUAGUGGAUAUAACUCUGUGCACUGUUUAUUAAAUUUAAUACUCACAUUCAUUCUGAUCUGCUGCUGGUUUGGAAACAAACUUCUUUCUCUGAUGCUAUUAUAUCUAUUGUCCUUUUUUUUAAAACCCAAAGCAAUAUGAGUAGUUUUCCUCACUAAGAGGUGGAGGACCUCUUGUCACCCUCCUUUCAGUAGGAGAGAUGGAGAUGUUGGCCCUCACAAGCCUCCGUACAGCGAUCUUCCUUAUACUAAUGCAAUAGGUUGCGUAGAGUCUAUCGUUCAUGUUGUGAUUCGGAGAGUGUUAUCUGUGCCUGAAUAGAUUUGGGAUAUGGGGAUCUGGCUUCCUGAGGAGCAGCAAAAACAUUGAACAGAAGAGGGAUUUGCUCUAAUCCAAGUAUGAUGUUAUGAAAGUACUUGGGGUGAGAUUGCAUAUCUCAAAUACCUUUUGUUGUAGUCCUGUGCAAUUGGGACCAGUGCUGUGGAAUUCCAGGUUAAAACCAAACUUGGAAUGAGUCUGCACAAAUUUAGUGGAAUUGCUCUUUUUCGCAUGCCAAGAAUGAUUUUAAUUUGAAAAUCACAAGCAGUAGCUGCACCAUUUGACUAUUACAAAGUAGUUAAUCUUGUUAUUUUCACACUGGUUAUGGUAGGUAAUUUAUGUGGGUUAUCUUUUACUUUUAAAAUUUUUUUUCUUGUGAAUAAGUUUUUUGAAAGGUGGGAUUUACACUGGAAAAACAAACUUCAAUAAAAAGAGUAAUUUUCUUUCAGGAGGUUUUGCCCCACUAUGUUCUUGGAGGGAGGUGGUGUGUAAGGAACAGGGUUUGUUGAAAAACUGGAAUAGAUGAAAGUAAAACAACAUUUGUUCCAAUUUUUUAUAUAUAUAUAAAUUACAAAAUAUGUACUUAACUUGACAUUUGUAAAAUGAAAUUGCUGGCCUUUUCAAUCUUGUACCAUUCUUGAAUGAUGGUAAAACACAAUGUGUAAUAUAUCCAGUUGAAGCUAUUGCACUGUUGUAUUUUUAUUACUGUACUAGGAGUAUGGUUUCCUACAAGUAGAAUACUGUGUACAAAUGUUGUAUCCCUUAGUAUUUUCAGUCUGAAUUGACAUUGGUAAUGAAUUAUUACAAACUAAAUCCACACAUGCCAAAUAGAUUCAGUCUGAAGCAUUGUCUCAAAAAGUUUAUUUUUUACUGCGUAGAUGUUAAUAUAAAGCUGUUUAAAGAUGAUGUGAGGGUUACUGCCUCAUCCAAAAUUUGAAGCAUAACCUUCACACAUGUAAAUGCCAUAUCACAUUUCAUACCACUGUAAGUUAUCCAUAGCCUCUCUUUUGUUUUACAAAUUAUUAUUUACACCCAUUUUUGAUCUGAUUUGUAGUUCUGGGAAAGUGGGGAUUUAUUUGAUGAAUAUGGAUUUCCUACACACAAGAGCCUCACUGGAGUCUAUCUAUUUUUGUUUUGGUCUCAACUUAGACAUUGUCUUUUAUAUUUAAUCAUGCUGUAACUUAAUAUCUAAAAUAAAAUUUUGAGUUCAUUUGAAUAAAAGCUACUCAAGU